AUGUCAUUCCCAUUGCUCCCUGUUGUAUCGCUGCCGACGGAGAUUGAAGCCGUUUCGGUUGUUGGUCAGGCUCUUACUACCGUGGAAAGCGUAGACAAACACUUUUUGGACUCUUAUCCGGCCCAUGUUGACGUUUUCGUUGAUUUGAGAUCACUGCAAAUCGACCCUAUCGACGUGCUUAACGCUGGUGUCAAGCAGAUUGUAGUAGACAAGGCAAAGUUUGAUGACCUUACGUCGUCGGGUAUCCCGGAAUGGAGAUUGAUACUUGCUGAAAAUACUUCAUUUCCUAAAGAGGCUUCGAUUUUGGUGACGAAACCACUCUCAGAAGACGAUUUUAAGCGUUUAAGUGAUGAUGGAAACAGACCAAUUUACUUGGAAAAGACGUUUACUGAAGAGGAAGCCAUAGAUUCUGCCAAAAAAGGAUACAUUCCCGUGAUUUCAGCAAGCAAAUUGAGUAAAACAAAGGCUGCAAAUUCCAUUUUCAUUGGUGAAAUAUUCACCAGCACACUCACCACUGAUCGUUCCGAUGGACUUUUCACCACCUUGGUAGUGGCACCUCCUCCUACUAACUCGGCUUUGGGUGUGGUGUACUCUUCUGUUGCUUCGAUCCACGCAGCAAUUGCUGAUGGAGAAGGCGUGUACCAAUCUCGCAAACGUCGAGAUGAAUUAUGGUACAAGGGAAAAACCAGCGGAGCCACGCAAAAAUUGCUUCGUGUUGAGAAGGACUGUGAUUCUGAUGCUAUCAAAUUCGUUGUGGAAACGAGACUGGGUUACGGUUUCUGCCACUUGAACAAGAAUUUUACAUGCUACAAAGAUGGCCAACUUGCUGGCGAUGCUUGUGGUUCUGGUCUCGCCAAGCUUGAUAGUACUUUACUUCUGAGGAAGGAGUCUGCUCCCGAGGGAUCGUACACGAAGCGUCUCUUUGAAGACGACAAGCUUUUGAUUGCAAAGCUCAAAGAAGAAUUGGACGAACUUAUUGAAGCAGGCCAGAAAAAGAAUUCUGCUGAAGUUGCGUUUGAGUGUGCUGACCUUUUCUAUUUUGCAUUGACCUGGUGUGUCAAGCACAACGUUAGUCUUGCUGAUGUUGAGCGGAACUUGGACAUCAAAAGUUUGAAAGUUACGAGAAGAAAAGGCGACGCCAAGCCCGCUUACCUUGAAAAGUCCGACAAAAAAGCUGAGGAAAAGACUGAUAAUUCAAUUCCUUACAAAAUGGAGGCGGUCAAGAUCGACGAUGUGGAGGCAGACAGCGACAAGCUCGCCAAGACUCUUGCUAGACCGGUGCAGAAGACAGCUGAUAUCAUGAAACUUGUGCUUCCUAUCAUUGAGAAUGUUCAAAAAAACGGCGACAAAGCUUUGUUAGAAUUGACAGAAAAGUUCGAUGGGGUGAAAUUGGAGACUCCAGUAUUACGUGCUCCAUUUCCUGCUGAUGCCAUGAACAUUUCCGACGACAUGAAAGAAGCCAUUGACCUUUCUAUGAGCAAUAUCGAAAAGUUCCACGCUGCACAAUUGCCCAAAGAAAAGAUAAUGACUGUGGAAACUUCUCCUGGAGUCUUUUGUUCGAGGUUUGCCAAGCCAAUUGAAAACGUUGGUUUGUACGUUCCUGGCGGAACUGCCGUAUUACCUUCUACGGCAAUGAUGUUGGGAGUUCCAGCAAAGGUUGCAGGUUGCUCUAACAUAAUUAUAGCUUCUCCUCCUGCCAGAGAGACUGGAAAAUUGACACCUGAGGUUGUGUAUGUGGCUCACAAAUUAGGUGCCAAGGCUAUACUUAUGGCUGGAGGUGCCCAGGCUGUCACCGCUAUGGCUUAUGGAACAGAAAGUGUGGUCAAAUGUGACAAGAUUUUGGGACCAGGAAACCAAUUUGUCACCGCUGCCAAAAUGUACGUUCAGAACGAUACCCAGGCCUUGUGUUCCAUUGAUAUGCCUGCUGGACCUUCUGAGGUUCUCGUGAUAGCAGAUAAGCAUGCGGAUGCUGACUUUGUAGCGAGCGACUUGCUUUCACAAGCUGAACACGGAGUCGACUCCCAAGUAAUUUUAAUUGGCGUUGACUUAUCUGCAGCCAAAUUGGCUGAGUUUGAAGAAGCUGUCAAGAGACAUGCUGAGGUACUUCCUAGGAAAGAUAUUGUGGCCAAAUGCUUGGCUCAUUCUUACAUUUUGUUGGUGGAUAGCUACGACAAGGCAUUUGAAUUGUCAAACAAAUAUGCUCCAGAACAUUUGAUUCUUCAAAUUGAAGACGCCGAAUCGUUUGUUCCAGACAAAAUUGAAAACGCUGGUUCGGUGUUUGUUGGAGCAUUAUCUGCAGAAUCAUGUGGUGAUUAUUCUAGUGGUACGAACCAUACGUUGCCUACUUAUGGUUAUGCCAGACAAUAUUCUGGUGUGAAUACUGCUACAUUCCAAAAGUUCAUUACUUCGCAAAAAGUUACCGAGCAAGGCUUGAAGAGCAUUGGAAAGGCAGUUAUGACGCUCGCGGCCGUAGAGGGUUUGGAGGCUCACAGAAAUGCCAUUCAAGUAAGAAUGGAUAAGUUGGGGUUAAGUUAA